CAAAUCGGUCUUCAUGUUUGCAUGUGUUUGACCCAGAUGAGCAAAUACAGUGCUAUAUGCUAAAUGCCUGGAAGUCGCUGAUCCACUGUUGCCAAUUGUGUGAUGGUUCAAUUGAUCAAUUUAGCAUCAAGCUGCUUUCCUUUCAGAGAAACCUCUAAUCUGUUGUUAUUAAUUCUUCUGGAGUCUUAUUUCCUUGGGCUGCUCCUUCUGUGGAAUGCAAAUAUUUAGCCUGGAGAAAAUAAGUCUAGCACUUUGCAUCACACCAUUGCCUUCUUUACUCACAUCCUGUUUUGUCUCUUUUCCUUAAAAUCACAUAGUGUGUUAAAUGUCAAUGUUUGCUGUAAAGAUGCAUCCACUUAGUUUUAUUGUGAUUAGAUAAACCUUGUUAGUGAUAAGAAGGUCAUGUGAUGCACAAGUCUUCAGUAAGUGACCCUUGCAGUUGCAGUUUGACUCCAUUCCUCCCUUGACUAUAUUUGGUAGUCUGAGCCUACUCACCCAGAAUUACAAGCUUGUCUCUUUUGGCACAUUGAUGGUAAGGGUCUCCAGGUCUUCAUAAAUUUUUCUUUGACCUUAUCAAGGUUUGUCACACUGAGAAUAUAGGCACUAAUGAUAAUGUCACAGCGUUUUCCUGCAAGUGGCAAUCAUAUUGUCAUGAACCUAUUGUUCUCUCCUCUUGGAAGGCAUAUGAGCUUGCUUACUAGAUUAAUUUUGAUUCCAAAACCUACACCAGCUUCAUGGUGGUCUUCACUGUGGCCUUUACAGCAAACUGUGCCCAGCUUCUAUUUCAGUAAGCUGUCCUUUAUUUGCCAGCCUUGUUUCACUCAGGGCUGCUAUUUGGAUAUGAUACCUAUUGAAUUCUCUUGCAAUGAGAGCUGGUCGUCUUUCAGGUCUGCUGGAUUUUGUGUUGUCUAUAAGUAUGUGCACAUUCCACAUACCAGUGGUGAGUGGAGUCGACUUUGCAGAAGUUAUUGUACAUUUUUUAGUGUUUUUACUUCAGGAUGGAAUCCUGCCUGCUGCAGUAAUUAGACCAAGGUUGGGUAAUUGGGCAAGUUUUAGGGGCACCUUUUCUAGCCCCUUCCUUAUACCUGGAGGUGAGCAGUGUGAUCCUUAAAGUGCUGCUUAGAUUCACCCCCGGGGGUUGCUGAAUACCUUCGCUGCUUCCAGUGAGAUAAUGACCCUAAGAUCUGGACUGCUGGUGUGCAAGAUUGUGACUACAGCUCCCAGGGAUUCUGCACGUGCUGCUUCAUUAUUCAUCCAUUGCCACAGGACCUUGAGAUAUUAAUAGUAAAAUGAUAUGGUGAAGUCUUUUUGUUCGUAUAUAAAUUUUGAAUUAAGUGAGGCAGAAUUGCAUAAAGUUGCCAGCCUCACUCUUUCUUCCAGAGUCAUCACUGCCCAGUGGCAGGAGAGCCAAGACAACUGUCAGGUGGACAUCAAAAGUGGAAAGCAGCCCUCUAAAGGGCUUGGCAGCCUUCACUUCAGAGGCAUUAUAGUAUUUGGACCUGAAAACUCUGUGGGUGUAUAUGAGUGUGUGUCUGGGCCCAAACUCUACAGAUCUGUCAUUGAAGAUGUGAUUGAAGGGGUUCGUGAGCUAUUUACAGAAGAAGGGAUAGAAGAACAAGUCCUGAAAGACUUAAAGCAGCUAUGGGAGACGAAGGUGAUGCAGUCUAAGGCAACAGAAGGUUUCUUCAGAAAUAGUCACCCAGGCCCUCUCUUCACUUUGCAAUUGCCACAUAAUUUGCACCAAACAAUACAGACGUCAACAGCAUCUUUAGUUAUUCCUGCUGGUAGAACUAUUCCAAAUUUCACUACUACAGAACUGGGCACCUCAAAUUCCAGUGCUAAUUAUAGCCUUCCCUCUGGUAUUGGUUAUCCCAUUCAUGUACCAGCAGGAGUGACUCUGCAAACAGCAUCUGGACAUCUUUAUAAAGUGAAUGUACCUGUUAUGGUAACACAGACCCCUGGAGGAGCAAGUAUCCUUCAGCAUCCAAUUCAGCAGAUAUUUCAGCAGCUCGGCCAACCUUCUAUAAUACAGACCAGUGUUCCACAGCUGAACCCAGCAUCACUUCAAGCAGCUGCCGAAAAAUCACAAAGACUGGAAACUGUUCUCCCACAGCCCACGGUCCUCCAUCCUGGGGCGGUGGAAAGAAAGCAUUUAGAGAACUCAGCCACCAGUGAGACCCUUACACAGCCACCUGUGGGGAGUGAACACAAAACCACACCUGAGCUACUGUUAAGUCAGCAGCCUAAUUCCUUGGAAAGCCCCCAGUAUAUGAAUCUCCCAGGUGUCGUAUUUACUCCACAGGCUUCUCAAACAGAUUCUAGUGGGCAGCCAGUGGUUAGUGUUUCAGGUAGUAUCACUCAAACUCUGGAUGGCGAACAGCUCUCCUCGGGCUCUCAGGACUCUUUUCACCAGCAGUCUGAUGCGGAGGUGCUUAUUCUCAAGAACAGAAUGGCUGAAAAUAGUUCCCUAAAGCAUCCUCACACCCUAGAGGAGCCUUGCAGUCUCCCUGCCUCAGAAGAGGAAUCCAGUACACAAAUGGAUUUGAGUAUACAAACAAUUGAUGACAUUAAAGAAAUUAUCCAAAUAGAUGGAACUGGAGAUACAUCAUCAAAUGAAGAAAUAGGGAGUACGAGAGAUGUGGAUGAGAAUGAAUUUCUUGGUAUUAUUGAUGCAGAAGAUCUGAAAGUUCUUGAAGAAGAAGGUGAUAGUAUCUCAAAUGAAGAUUCAACCACUAAUAGCAGUGAUAAUGAAGAGCCCCAAAUAGACAUUGUAGAGGAGGACCCUUUAAAUUCUGGGGAUGAUGUUAGUGAGCAGGAUGUGCCAGACCUGUUUGACACGGAUAAUGUAAUAGUCUGUCAAUAUGACAAGAUUCAUCGAAGCAAAAACAAAUGGAAAUUUUACUUGAAAGAUGGUGUAAUGUGCUUUGGAGGUAAAGACUAUGUGUUUGCCAAAGCCAUUGGAGAUGCAGAGUGGUAAAUCUUGUGUUCUCUGCUUAUCAGCUCUUUAUGUCUAUGUAGACACCAGUGAGAGUAUAUUAAAUAUUCUGAAAAUUUUUUGUUUAAAAUAAAUAGCUUACCAAAAGAUUGCUAAUGUACAAAACUAGAAGAACCUGUGUGUUUACAUUGUAGAUAAAUGGCAAUUAUUUCUUUUCUUGGUUUGUUCCUAUGAGUUAACUGAUUCUUCCCAUUAUCUGUAUUCUCUAAAAUAUAGAUAGUUAGCUUUAUUUGAUUUCCAAAUUGAUGAUGAUUGUCGGUAAUUGUUUCAGAAACAAUAGUACAACAGGAAGAAUGGCCUAGUUUUUCAUUAUUUUAAGUCAUUUCUGGUUUCUUCUCCUUGAUUAAAAAAUACAUGUCAGUAAUUAGUGAUUUAUCUCUUUUUGUUUGUUUAGAAGAAAGGAUGAGGAAGUUGAGAAAGAUGCAGUGGUAAUGUUCAAAGUGAAAUAGCAAAUAUUUUUCACAAGGAGGGUUAAUGCUCUUACUCUAAACAUUUUGACUAGUUUGGAUUGCCUAUAGUGAAACUGGUGAAGUGGGAACAUAUGGAAUUGUGAUAAAACUAUUGAAGCAAUUCAGAAAAAAAUCUGGAAUUUAGAAUUUUUUCAAGUUCUACUUAUGGAAUUCAAAUGAUAAGUUUUGAACACGUUUGACACUUUGUAAAAAAUACUGAGCUUUUGAAGAAAAAAUAAAGCCAUUUGUUCUCAUAUGAUAUGUAUCCUAAUGAAUAUUAACUUAGCGUUAUAUAAAAAUGUUGCAGUUUUAUUGAGCAGUCAAAUUUCUGUCCCAGCCCCCUACAAGCUUAAAUUAAAGUGAUUGAAAUUUUUCCUUGUA